CCUGCCCGCGGUGUCUCAGAUUCAUUCUUAAGGAACUGAGAACUUAAUCUUCCAAAAUGUCAAAAAGACCAUCUUAUGCCCCACCUCCCACCCCAGCUCCUGCAACACAAAUGCCCAGCACACCAGGGUUUGUGGGAUACAAUCCAUACAGUCAUCUCGCCUACAACAACUACAGGCUGGGAGGGAACCCGGGCACCAACAGCCGGGUCACGGCAUCCUCUGGUAUUACGAUUCCAAAACCCCCAAAGCCUCCAGAUAAGCCGCUGAUGCCCUACAUGAGGUACAGCAGAAAGGUCUGGGACCAAGUAAAGGCUUCCAACCCUGACCUAAAGUUGUAGGAGAUUGGCAAGAUUAUUGGUGGCAUGUGGCGAGAUCUCACUGAUGAAGAAAAACAAGAAUAUUUAAACGAAUACGAAGCAGAAAAGAUAGAGUACAAUGAGUCUAUGAAGGCCUACCAUAACUCCCCCGCGUACCUCGCUUACAUCAAUGCAAAAAGCCGCGCCGAAGCCGCUCUAGAGGAAGAAAGUCGACAGAGGCAGUCUCGCAUGGAGAAAGGAGAGCCUUACAUGAGCAUCCAGCCUGCGGAAGAUCCGGAUGAUUAUGAUGAUGGCUUUUCAAUGAAGCAUACAGCCACCGCCCGUUUCCAGAGGAACCACCGCCUCAUCAGUGAAAUCCUUAGUGAAAGUGUGGUGCCAGACGUUCGGUCGGUUGUCACAACAGCUAGAAUGCAGGUCCUCAAACGACAGGUCCAGUCCUUAAUGGUUCAUCAGCGAAAACUAGAAGCUGAACUUCUUCAAAUAGAGGAGCGACACCAGGAAAAGAAGAGUAAAUUCCUGGAAAGCACAGAUUCAUUUAACAAUGAACUUAAAAGGUUGUGUGGUUUAAAAAUAGAAGUGGAUAUGGAAAAAAUUGCAGCUGAAAUUGCCCAGGCAGAGGAACAGGCUCGCAAAAGGCAGGAGGAAAGGGAGAAGGAGGCAGCAGAGCAAGCUGAAUGCAGUCAGAGCAGCAUUGUUCCUGAGGAAGAACAAGCCGCUAAUAAGACCGAAGAAAAGAAAGAAGCAGAGAACAUUCCAAUGGAGACAGAGGAGACACGCCUUGAAGAAACAACAGAAAGUCAGCAGAAUGGUGAAGAAGGCACAUCUACUCCUGAGGACAAGGAGAGUGGACAGGAGGGGGUGGACAGUAUGGCCGAGGAAGGGACCAGUGACAGUAACACUGGCUCAGAGAGCAACAGCGCCACAGUGGAGGAGCCACCAACAGAUCCCAUACCAGAAGAUGAGAAAAAAGAAUAAAUGUUGCCUUGUUUUAUGUAUUCUAAAUCCUUUUUUAAAUGAAAAAAAAUGUUUUUGAGUUUUAAUGGUGUUAUGUGGUUUGUGUACUAAUAUUUUUCUUGUCCAUAUCACGCCACCCAAAGCUUUUGGACCAUAUAACAUCAUGAGCCAAAUGGCAUAGUCACCUUUCUUAAGUGGUUGUGAUGAUGGGUCUCUUCCUUAGAUCUUGUUUCUACCCUUCACUGCUGAAAGCCUCAGAAUUUAAAUUAAUUGAGAAAAUGCCCAUUUUUGGAGAAUUUUCCUUUGAUGCUGCAGAAUCUACUCUUACAAAUGCCUUCCUACAGCUCACUGGGGUGCUUACCAAAGCCAUAGCUUUAAAUCUUCUCAGUCCCCUUCAACAGCUUCCUGAAAGUUCCCUUUCCUGUGUACUUCCACAAAGGUAGCUUCUUGAAAACAUAAUCAUGUAUGAGUAUAUGUUUGUUCACUUGCCCUUUUCAUUUGUAAUCGAUGUCAGAUAACCAAGAGUUGUGUUAAAGUGUUGAGUAUACCUGCAACUAUGCUUGGAUCGUAUUGAUCGAGAAAUAGUCUCCAUAGAGUAGUCACCAGCUUAUGAAAUAGUCAUUAAAGCAAACAUGGCACAUGUA